AUGGAGCUCACCAUGGAGAACAUCCACAGCGUCUCCUCGCACUCCCAGCACAGAGACCUCAUGAGCUCCCCGCACGCACGGCCGUCACCAUCUCCGAGCUCCACUCCACGGAAUCUGGUCUCACACGACCCCGGGACGCGGUCAACCAUGGUCACGGGCAUGGCCUCUCUCCUGGAGGGCUCCGGCGGGGACUACAGGUCCGAUCCGUCCGCGCUGUCCGGUCACCUGCACCCUUCCAUCAGCAUGUGUGAAGGCGGGAUGAGCCUGAGCAACACCUACACCACCCUGACUCCCCUGCAGCAUCUACCUCCGAUAUCCACAGUCUCGGAUAAGUUUCACCACCCGCAUUCUCACCACCACGCUGCCGCUCACCAGCGACUCUCCGCCAGUAAUGUCAGCGGCAGCUUCACGUUGAUGCGGGAGGACCACCGGGGGCUCGCUUCUAUGGGCAACCUGUACAGUCACUACCCGAAAGAGAUGUCGGGAAUGGGCCACGGCUCUCUGUCCCCGCUGUCCAGCGGACUGGGCUCUUUGCACAACUCUCAGCAGCCGCUCUCAGCCUACGGUCCGAGUGCGCACCUCUCCAACGACGCCAAGAUGAUCUCCCCGGUGUCGGGGUUCGAGUCUCACGCCUCCAUGUUGUCCCGAAGUGACCAGGAGCACCUAGUCAGGAGUUUAGGAGGUCACGGCCACGGCAUGAUCUCCAACCUGAACGGCAUGCACCAUCACCCGCACAGUCACCUGCACUCACAGGCGAACGGAGCAGUGAUGCUGGGGGAGCGGGAGAGGCACGGCCACGGAGGCGGUCAGGGAGUAGCGGGGUCCAACAUCCAAGCUGAGGAAAUCAACACCAAGGAGGUGGCUCAGAGGAUAACGGCCGAGUUGAAGCGGUACUCCAUCCCUCAGGCCAUAUUCGCCCAGCGGAUCUUGAGCCGCUCACAGGGAACGCUCUCUGACCUCCUGCGGAACCCCAAACCCUGGAGUAAGCUCAAGUCAGGCCGAGAGACCUUCAGGAGGAUGUGGAAGUGGCUGCAGGAGCCGGAGUUUCAGCGGAUGUCCGCUCUCCGGUUAGCCGGUAAGGUUUUGUUUUCCGCUGAACUAAUUUCACCUCACACAUAA